AUGGCUAAGACUAAGGCUAAGGCUAAGACUAAGGCUAAGGCUAAGGCUAAGGCUAAGGCUAUGGCUAAGGCUAAGGCUAAGGCUAAGGCUAAGGCUAAGGCUAUGGCUAAGGCUAUGGCUAAGACUAAGGCUAAGACUAAGACUAAGACUAAGGCUAAGGCUAAGACUAAGACUAAGACUAAGACUAAGACUAAGACUAAGGCUAAGGCUAAGGCUAAGACUAAGACUAAGGCUAAGGCUAAGGCUAUGGCUAAGACUAAGACUAAGACUAAGGCUAAGACUAAGGCUAAGGCUAAGGCUAAGGCUAUGGCUAAGACUAAGACUAAGACUAAGACUAAGACUAAGACUAAGACUAAGACUAAGACUAAGACUAAGACUAAGACUAAGACUAAGGCUAAGACUAAGGCUAAGACUAAGGCUAAGGUUAAAGCUACGUACGUUUUACUUGAUAUACUAAGAUUCGUUCUUUAG